AUGGAGAACUUCUCCCUGCUGACGAUCUCUGGGCCUCGUCUGCCCAGCUAUGCCAUGAAGAGCGUACGUGAGCUGCCAUCCCCCAGGAGCACGCCCAGUCUGCCAGCUUCUGUCCCCAGCGACGGCCAGAGCAGCGAACCCUUAGGGUGCAACUGCACCAUCUACCGGCCCUGGUUCUCCCCCUACAGCUACUUCGUGUGCAUGGACGAGGUCAGCCAGCAGGAGGCCUGCAGCUUCCCGGACACGCUGGUGGCCAGCGCCAGGGACACCAGCCAGCCUGACGAGCUCCCGGAGAGCAUCUGCUCCUCCUCCUGCUCCCUGGAGAAGGCUCGCCCCACUGAGGGCACCAGGAGAGCCAGCCCCGGCGUGGAGGCCAGGGACUGCAUCAAAUCCCAGGACAUCCUCAUGGCCUCCAAGUGGCAGCCGGCGCCACAGAAUGGCUACAAGUGCGUGGCCUGCUGCCGCGUCUUCCCUACCCUGCACUCGCUCAAGACCCACGUCAAGUGUGGCUUCAAGGAGGGCUUUAGCUGCCAGGUGUAUUACCACAGGCUCAAAGUGCUGUGGGAGAAGGAGUGCACGGCCCGGCCCAGCAACCGACCGGCCUUUGGCAGCUGUAAAACACCUAAGUGA